CUGGCUGAACGCAUGGAGGCCUGUUGAUGACCGAAUGGUGAGAGAAAGACGGCUUACACACACCCCAGCAAUUCCCCCACCCCCCAAAAAAAUACUUCACAGGGUUCCUCGGGUUAGCUGGAAUUAAAAACUUGGCUGCCUAGUGCAAAGACCAACGUAGUUCAACCUGAGUCAAUUACACGGGGGCGGGGACGGGACUACGAGCCCUUUGUUGGUGAAAGUCCAGGAAGCCCGCGCCUAAGUGGUUCUAAUGUACGUCUGACUUUUGGCCUUUGCACUCGGGUCCCUGCUGGGAAGGCGACCAGAUGGGCAAAUCUUGCGCGUGUGCGUGUGCGUCCCCUUGUAGCGCUGGGUAGAAAACAGCUGCUUGCUCGGUUUACGCGGCGCAUCCACUGAUGCACACCCGAACGCGCGCAUAGAGGCUCGCUGGCAGUCGCCACCGCCAACACCACCAGCAGCAUCAGCAGCAGCACCCAAAUCCCAUUGCAAACAAAGGGAGAUGACGGCGGGGCUGCUGGAGAGCUCUCUCGCCUCCUCCGUUUUGCAAGCGGCGACCGCCCGCAGCCUUUCGGCUCUGCCUUCCCCCUCUCCCUCCCCGUAGCUGUCCUCCUCCAUCCCGCAGGCGGUGGUAAUUCGGGAGCCGGGAUUCAGAGCAAGGCGAGAGGGACGUCGCCCGCGAGGGAGAAGAAGCGAGCGGGGCGAAAGAUUUUCUCUCUCUCUCUCUCUCACACACACACACAUGCGCGCGCGCGCGCAAGGACUCACACAACCAAAACAAACCUCGCCCGCCUUCACCUCGGCGGAUUGUCAACAGAUCAUUUGCAAAAAGAACCCCAGAGCAGGAGCAGCAACCGGAGGGGAGGCGGCGGGGGAAUUCCGGGCGUCUUUUGUGCUUUCCCCCCGCCGGUGUUUAUGCUGAACGUGGUCUCGCCGAGUAAGGCGGAGAGCUGGUUUGACAGACAUCACCUGCCUCCCUGAAUGACUGCAGCGGUAGGAUUGGGGUGAUUUCCCGUGUAAGGUGGACCCCUAACAAACGGUGCCAUGCAUAGUGAGGAGGACAUGCUUCCCGAGCUGUCAAAAAUGGGAAACAUAAGACCUCGUGGCCACUGAGGUUGACAUUAAAUAUAGGUGCCUUUUCUUCAUCGUGUCACGGAUGUUUCAAAGAGCAGGAAGAGAGGGGGGGGAAUAUCUCUCCUCCCUUCUUAAGUCAAGCUUCAGAGAUGGAAGAACUUAUCUAAGAAGGACCUAAUUUACCAUAUCAGUCAACUUUAAUUCUCUUAAAGACUCUGGCUUUGUUGCCACUUCCUUAUCAGGAUGGCCGAAAAGAUUCCAGAUAUGAACAAAAAGACAUCCAGGUCUACACAGUCUCUUCCACCAGAACCAGUGGACAUAAUCAGAAGCAAAGCAUGUUCUAGGAGAGUGAAAAUCAAUGUAGGUGGACUCAAUCAUGAAGUUCUAUGGAGGACUUUAGAUAGGCUUCCACGGACACGUUUAGGGAAGCUCAGAGACUGCAAUACUAAUGACUCUUUACUAGAAGUAUGUGAUGACUAUAAUCUUAAUGAAAAUGAAUAUUUCUUUGAUAGACACCCAGGUGCUUUCACCUCUAUCUUGAAUUUCUACAGGACAGGAAAGUUACAUAUGAUGGAGGAAAUGUGUGCCCUCUCUUUUGGCCAAGAAUUAGAUUAUUGGGGGAUUGAUGAAAUAUAUUUAGAGUCUUGUUGCCAAGCAAGGUAUCAUCAGAAGAAAGAGCAAAUGAAUGAAGAAUUAAGGAGAGAGGCAGAAACAAUGAGAGAAAGAGAAGGUGAAGAAUUUGAUAAUGCUUGCUGCGCAGACAAAAGGAAAAAACUGUGGGACUUGUUGGAAAAGCCCAAUUCAUCAGUGGCUGCAAAGAUUUUGGCCAUUGUAUCCAUAUUGUUCAUUGUACUAUCCACCAUUGCUUUGUCACUCAACACUCUACCUGAGCUUCAAGUAAUUGAUGAAUUUGGACAACUAAAUGACAAUCCUCAGCUAGCACAUGUUGAAGCAGUGUGUAUAGCAUGGUUCACUAUGGAGUACCUUUUGCGUUUUCUGUCAUCUCCAAACAAGUGGAAGUUCUUCAAAGGUCCAUUAAACGUCAUUGAUUUGCUAGCCAUUUUGCCCUAUUAUGUCACCAUUUUCCUCACAGAGUCCAACAAAAGUGUGCUGCAGUUUCAAAAUGUCCGCCGUGUAGUUCAAAUAUUCCGUAUCAUGAGGAUACUGCGGAUCCUUAAACUUGCUAGACAUUCAACUGGACUUCAAUCUUUAGGAUUUACCUUACGAAGGAGUUAUAAUGAAUUGGGUUUAUUGAUACUAUUUUUAGCUAUGGGAAUUAUGAUAUUUUCCAGUCUAGUGUUUUUUGCUGAAAAAGAUGAAGAUGCUACAAAGUUUACAAGUAUUCCUGCAUCGUUCUGGUGGGCUACCAUCACUAUGACCACAGUAGGUUAUGGUGACAUUUAUCCCAAAACUUUAUUAGGUAAAAUAGUUGGUGGAUUGUGUUGCAUUGCUGGAGUGCUAGUAAUAGCCCUACCCAUUCCCAUCAUAGUAAACAACUUCUCAGAGUUCUACAAGGAGCAAAAGCGGCAGGAGAAAGCCAUUAAAAGAAGGGAAGCGCUUGAACGAGCAAAGAGAAAUGGAAGUAUUAUCUCAAUGAAUUUAAAAGAAGCCUUUGCUCGCAGUAUGGAACUGAUUGAUGUAGCUGUUGAUACUGAUAAAACUGAGGAAGCAGCCAAUUCAAAGGAAACUCCCGAUGACAACCACUUAUCUCCAAGUCAUUGGAAAUGGGCCAGAAGGACAAUGUCUGAGACAAGUUCUAAUAAAUCCUUGGAGAACAAAUACCAGGAAGUGAGCCAGCAAGAUUCACAUGAACAGCUAAACAAUACAGCAGCAACCUCCAGUCCUCAACACUUGAGUGCUCAGAAACUUGAAAUAUUAUAUAAUGAAAUUACUAAAACUCAGUCUCAGCCUAAUCUGAACUCCACCUACCAAGGCCCUUCAGUGAAACCUCCCCUCUAUGAGGAGGAGAUAGAAAUGGAAGAGGUUACUGGACAAGGAGACGCAUCUAUAACAGGACCCAAAGAAGUCAUCCCUGAUAUGAGAAGCACUUCUAGCAUUGACAGCUUUGCCAGCUGCGCCACUGAUUUCACAGAGACAGAACGGUCACCUCUUCCUCCAUAUUCCAGUUCUCAUUUGCAACUAAGAUUUCCCAUUGAGUUUUCCCACUUAGAAGACCAAACAGCAAAAGAUUCCCAGCUUUUACCAUUUAUGAAAGAUAAAAUGUUUGCUCCCAGGGAUACUUGCUUUGAUUACUCCUCAGUCAAUACAAUGAUGAGCUCUGAGAGUUGUCCUCAUCCUCUCCUUCAUGGUCACUUUCACUUUGACAAUGCCAUGGAGAGUCCCAAAAGUUCUUUCAGAGGAAGCAACCCUUUAAAAUCAAGGUCCCUUAAAGUUAAUUUUAAGGAAAACAGAGGCGGUGCUCCACAAACCCCACCAAGCACCACAAGGCCAUUGCCAGUGUUGGCAACAGGAGACUUCCUACAAUAUACCCCUCAGCAUAUCAGCACUAUCCUCUUAGAAGAGAAUUCACCACAGGGAGAAAGACCCGUGCUGGGUGCAGAUUCUUCUGGAGCUUCUAAGCAAGUAUGCCCUUUGUUCCCCAAGCAGAAACGUUUUUCUUUCCCUUCCAAGGAGAGAAGUUUUACUGAAAUAGACACUGGUGAAGAAGAUGACUUCUUGGAAAUCCCUGGCAUAAGGCACAACAGGCAGUUGGAUAUCAAGGCAAACUGCUUUGGGGAUAAACUUAAGGAUGGGAACUAUGUAACAGAGGACUCUGAAGUCAGUUCUUCUUCACCCAAACAUUUGAGUCAUAACUGCACUCAAGACAUUUAUCAUGUUGGAAGGGAAAUAACAGGGGACAAUAAUCAAGAAGGUCACAAAAUGGAAAACCAUUUGUUUCCCCCAGAAAUCCAUACAAAUCCUAGUGAUCCUGGUUACUGUCCCGCAAGAGAAACCAGCAUGUGACUAAUUAGGACAGCAAUAAUGACAAAACUAUUUCUUAAAACUGGAAUUAGCAAUGCCUAUGAAUUAAAAAAGGGAAGCCUCGAAAGUAAAUAAAAUAUUUUUUGCAUGGCAUGAAGACUUACUUAGUUUAAGUACAAUUUAAUUUAAACAUUUUUUUUUUCUAACAAAAGGUAAAUCAGGAAAAAUGUAACAAGAACUGAGUAAAAUAAAAUGCUCUUUUCAGA